AUGGACAAACUGUACGAUGAACUAUGUAAUAUUCAGUCAACAUAUAUUGAAUUAAAGAAGAAAAGUGUUUCAGUACAUGAGCAAAUACAAUCAUUUUUAGGCAAAGAUAAACAAAAAAUUAAAAAUGAUAUGAAUCAACAAGAAAUAGAUGAUGAUGAAAUGACAACUGAGGAAGAAGAAAUAGCCGAACCGAAACGAAUAUAUCCAGAUCAAUUGUGGAUAUAUUUAUUCUAUGUGCACGAAAAUCAAACUCCAAAUUUGACACAAUUAGUUUCAUUUUGUUUUUCAAUUCCAAUAUCAAAUGGCUAUUGUGAAGGUGUCUUUAAUCAUUUGAAGCAUGCAUGGACAAAUACAAGGCACAAAAUGUCUCCCGAGUUAAUUUCAGCAGAACUGAAAUCAGAUUGA